UCAGAGUCUUGGCCGCCUCAACUCAAGUAACCUGCUGUUUCUUUCUCCCAUUAAUUAACUCUAAUCAUUGAGCAGAGAUUGGGUUGCGAAAUGUUUGGGCCAAAUGACUGACAGUAAUAGGCAGGAAGCACAGAAUGAGUUGCGACAGGUAAUCAGUGAAGCUUACAAUGCACACACAUUGUGGACGACGGAUUGGAAUGGCGUUCAGUUACAAAGGUUCUUUAUCUCUGCUAUUUCUCUCCUUUCUUGUUGAUAUUUCAGCCCUCAUCAGUCUUCUCACAAAACUCCCUUCUGUGAAUCUCAAGCGCAAGUUACAUGAUAGUCCUCAAUCAAAUAAGAAGGCAAAGAAAUCAACUGUGAAACAGGUCACCUCCGGUACUGCAGCUCUCGACCUGAACGAUCAAGUCGCCCUCAAUCGAAGAGCGGAGCGGUUUCAACGAGAACAUGAAAUUGAAAGGCAACGGAAUGUUCGCACCAAUGGCCACUAUCAGUCUUCACUCAAAGUGAAUCAUCACCACGCCCAUCUCUUGAACUCUUCUCGUUCAAGCUCACCGUUUGGUGGUCUUGAUGAACCGGAGGCAGAUCCAGUGCGUUCCCUGUGUUAUGCCAUUUUUUGUAUCUCUCAGUCACUCGCAGAAUGUCAUAGACUGGGAUCGGUUUACCAUAGUGGAACUUCCAAAGAGAUCUUCAAGGAUUACCUGCGUAUAACAACGGAACCGAAACCCGAACAAAUACGUCCGUAUCUCGUUUUACAGGAAACUCUUAUACAACUGAAGAAGCGAUGGAGAGAGAAAUGUUCUUAUUCGUGGAUAUGCAAUCAGUUGAAAAGUUUGCGCCAGGAUCUCACCGUGCAACGAAUAAAAAACGAAUUCACGGUUCAAGUCUAUGAAAUCCAUGCAAGGAUGGCCUUGGAGAGUAACGAUAUGGUUGAAUAUAACCAGUGUCAAGCUACCCUCAAAACCCUGUAUGAACUCGGAAUACCGGGCAAAGUGGAGGAAUUCACAGCUUACCGAAUUCUCAUGUUAUUGCAUGGACGCAACAGAAGUGAAUUAAAUCUCUACGUAGGUCAACUAACACCCAAACAGAAGACGGAUACUGCCGUAAAACAUGCACUUAGCGUGCAACGCUCGCUUUCCAUGGGCAACUACCAUUCUCUAUUUAUGUUAUACAUGACCGCUCCUAACAUGGGGGCAUACAUUAUGGACCAUUUUAUUGAUCGGGAACGUACGAAGGCGCUCAUGGUCAUAGUUAAAGCUUACAGGACGAUAGGCCUCACUUUCAUUCAAAACGAACUGGCCUUCGACGACCUAGAUGCGACACGCAAGUUUCUGGAAGAACAUAAAGCACCGUUCUACACGAAUCCGACAGCCCGCGACUCGGAAAAAGUAUUCGACUGUAAACCUGCGAUGACUGCCCUGGCUCAGGUGUAUGAAGAGAAAUAUCGUCGGAUUGGAAUCAAAGGCGCCAUAUAGAUAAAAUGGUGCGCCAGAAUCUGUGACCAUUCUCGUAGUAGACCCACGUCGCGUCUUCCCUUCUACUCGUUCCCCUCCCGCUUAUUUGGUUCGUUACCCCUGCUAUCACGGAUUUGGAACCUCCGCGCACGACUCGUACCUGCCCAGGAUAUAUACAUUAGGCAAUUGUAGCAACUUAUUAUUAUCUGCCAAAGAUGAUUGUUCAGCUGCUCGGGUGUAGCCUGUAGCAUUCAUGGCCCCCCAUUGAAACGAACAAUCUUACCGCAGGUGUCGCUUCUAGAUUGUUCCUGGUGUUAGCUGUUAGCGGCAGUGAGCCUAAAGGAAGGCGGAAUAAUGUUCCGACCCCAACGCUUUUUCGAAUAGAGCGGCGAUGAGACUGGUAUUUGAGGG